CCGCCGUCAUUGCUUUACAUACAUCCUCCGGCCGUCCGGCAUCUCUGGGUCGUCCCUCGUGUUUCAGUGCUUGGCCGCGAUUGAAGAGGGCUGUAUUCCUGCACGAUCACUGUUCAUGCCCGCCGCCACCAUGGACGUCGACUCCCGCCAGCUCAUUGACGCACAAUUUGACCGGGCAGUCGAGAUAGUCCAGAGUUUGCCCAAGACAGGUCCUAUCCAGACUGGUUAUGAGGAGAAGCUCGACAUGUACAGCUUAUACAAGCAAGCUACUGUUGGGAAUGUUCAAGGUAACCGUCCAGCGGUCUGGGAUAUGCUAGGGAGGGCCAAAUGGGAUGCUUGGGCGAAGCAUAAGGAUCUCGACCCCUACGAAGCCAAAUGGCUGUAUGUCGAUGCUUUGUUAAAGGUACUCAGGAAAUACUCGGACAAAACGGUGGCGAGGGACUUAGUGCGGGAAUUGGAGUCCUACGCCGGCGAUCCCGCCAACCUCGUCAUGAGCGGGGUAUCCGCUCGCUCUUCCGGGUCCAGCUCUUCGGGAUCCUCAGCGGCAGGACCACUUCCAUCAUCCUCGCAACGCCCCGCUGAAUACCUCCAGUCUCAUGCGCACGGCAUCCCGGUUCAGCCUGCGGAAUUGGGCCAACCGCUGGAAUCCGAGACAGAAGAUGAGACAUCAGACGAGGAUGACGAGGCGAUCGACACCGUUCCCGCAACUAUCCCCACUCCGCACGGACCUGCUAGCCAGCUCAAUCGUCCUCAGUCAUCUCUCUCAUCACGACCCUAUCGGACACCUAUGGCCAGCACUAUGCUCGUCCGUUCACCACCGCCCGUGAACGUCCCAACGACCCAACCGCACCCAGGCUUCCAGACUCAGUCCGCUUUUGCUGAGUCUGCGGCCUCGGUACCCUCUUCUGUAUAUCCCACCACAUCCGUGUCGUAUCCCGAACAAGGCCGGCCGCCAUCAAGAGAGUUGAUCGGUCCCGCACAUGGCUAUCCCUCCCGUGCAGGUUUUCAUCCACAAUCGCAGACUCCUUUCCGUCAAUACGCGCUUCAAGCAGGCGGCCAGCAGCGGCCGGGUUCCGUUCCCAUGCUCGAGCGCGCGGUUGAAAGCGUGCAGGCGCAUCUCGCCGCGAUUACCGAGCGGCUAGAGACUCUGGAAGGGCUAUUACAUCACUCAUCGUUGUCUCUCACCACAUCGGGCGUGCGCUCUCCUGGGCACGCUGCAGGGCGUGGAAGCCCGUUUGGACAUGGAGGGGACGUCGUACGUUGGGACAUCGACGAUAUGGGGAUGUGGUCGCUCGUCCUGCGCCCCACGGCGCGCGCCUUCAGGCUGUUCAGGCAACUCAUGGCGUUCCUCGCGAACAGCGAGAACCGCUCGCCUACGUUCGUUGUGAUUCGGAGAUUGUUCCUCGACAUCUCCUUUGUCCUGUGCAUCCUUGCAUUGUUCAAGGUUGGCUGGCACAAGAGCGGGGUGCGGAGGAAGGAGGUGUCUGCUGCGCUCCGUGGAUUGUGGAGAGCGAUCGCGGGGCACCCAGCCCCGCGACACUUGAUAGAGCGUGGGGUGUAGUUUGGUUUGUUAUGCUCAUGUAAUAUCUUGUGCCGAAAUGAAAUGAACUGUCCCUUUGUGCGGUAUGCGUAGGCUCAUCAGUGCGCACCGCGGUCGGGCAGUCCGUAGCGACG